ACAAAGGCAAAAUUAGAGUUUCCCCUUCAACUGGCUCCUUUUAAGCAAUUAUAUCCAUCUAUUUCACCCCCAACAACAUCCAUCCACAAAACUCAAAAACAUUGUGAGAGAAAUUAUUAAUACAAGAGAAAUGGAAGAUGAAAUUAGCCAUGGAGGGAGCCCCGAGAGCCCAUGUGUAAAAAGUAAUGGCAGCAACAACAACAAGGAACAAGAUCGUUUUCUCCCUAUUGCAAACGUUGGAAGAAUUAUGAAAAAGGUGAUUCCAAGCAAUGGGAAAAUCUCCAAAGAUGCAAAAGAAACUGUUCAGGAAUGUGUGUCUGAGUUCAUUAGCUUUGUCACUGGGGAAGCCUCAGACAAAUGCCAAAGAGAAAAGAGAAAGACCAUCAAUGGCGAUGACAUCAUUUGGGCAAUCACUACAUUAGGAUUUGAGGAAUAUGUAGGACCCUUGAAACUGUAUCUAACCAAAUAUAGAGAGAUUGAAGGCGAGAAGCUUAAUGUUCCAAAGCAGCAAAGAUCCGAGCAAAAGCAGCAGCAGCAGCAGCAACAAUCACAACAUGAACAAAAUAUACCUUACAAUACCAAUAUUGUGUAUUCUUCAGCAAACUUAUUGUCUCAUCACCCCUCUUUUGUGCCUUCUGAUCAGCCAUUUUCCUUGCCUUUCUCACCCAAUUCCAUUCAAAAGCAAUUACAGCAGCAAGACCAAAUUGAUUCAGUGGGGCAUUGGUAA